GCCACCACCCCGUCGCCAAAUCCGCGAAGAAGACGAAUGCCCCGUCUGCGGCACCGAACUGCCUCCCAUCCCCACUCUCCGCGAAACCCACAUCCAACACUGCAUCUCCACACGCUUCAACCCCUCCAUGUCCAACUCCCUCCCCGCACCCUCACCCGCCUCCCCACCCUCCCAUCUCCCCGGUCCUGCGCCGCCGAAUGCAACUCCACCCCGCUUCCGCCCGAGAGGAAUGGCGAUAUAUCAUGCGACGGAAAAGGACUGUGUGGAUCCUGAGGGUGGAGCGCAGGAGUGUACGAUUUGCUUGGAGGAUUUCGAGGAAGGAGAGGUGUUGGCGAGGAUGGAAUGUUUGUGUAAAUUUCAUCGGAGGUGUGUCCGGGGGUGGUGGACGAGUCAGCCUGGGUGUGAGGGGGAGUGUCCGACGCAUAAGUUGAGUGAGUGAGAGGAGUCUUGGGGACAGGAUCUCUGAGAGAGAGGGUUCUUGGACAGUGGACUCUGCGAGAGAGCACGCUUGGACCUACACAAUAGGACAUGACUGAGUGAACGAUGGAUCUGGGGAUCGAAAUCCGGAUGGAACAUGAAGAUAUCAUGAGAUCACGAAUGCAACGAAUGCUUGGGAGAGGCUAUGGAUAUGGUCUUGGUGUAUUCGAAGGAGGAGCCUCCGUGUGUGUCGUCCGACUUGAGAUCGAACAGCACGAAUAGGCAAAGGCAUCGAGCGUCUGAGGAGCAAGGUUGCAACCUUCUGAACCACGGCGCGGAAGAGAGUGGACUUGGUUCAGCAUUGGUCGUUUAUUGGAUGUCUGUCCUCGGUCUGGCUCGGUCGUGUCUGUCGUGAAGUAGACGACUACCUUGCAGCUCUUCCAGCUUGGACAUGCACGCAUUCGGAACAGAUAUAAACGGACAAUGUGCUAUCGUUUCGACAUCUCCUUACACGCUGAG